UUGUGAAUCAUCUGUGUAAAUUUAUAUUUCUGCUAAAAUGUGUUUUAUCAUCUUUAUGUAUUUCUGCUACAAAAUGUAAUUUUAUUUUUUUCUUAGCGAAGUGUCACAGGUGGUUUAGGAUCAGCUCAAUCUGAAAUUAUGGCUGAUACUGCAGUUGCUUUGGCUUCAUCAAAUGUUCAAUUAGUUGCUCUAAAAGUCAUUAGCAGAUUGUGUCGUGUUAUUGAAAAAACCUGCACAUCACCAACACCAACUUUAGAGCAGCAUUUAAUGUGGGAUGACAUUGCUAUAUUGGCUCGAUAUCUUCUUAUGUUAUCUUUCAACAAUUCCUUGGAUGUUGCAAGCCAUCUACCUUAUUUAUUUCACAUUGUAACCUUACUGGUUCAUACUGGACCCGUGUCCCUACGAGCUUCUAUUCAUGGUUUAGUCAUAAACAUUAUUCAUUCCCUUUGCACCUGUACAAAGCCAUCUUUUGGAGAAACACAGCGAGUUCUUAGGCUAAGUUUGGAUGAAUUUUCUCUUCCAAAAUUUUAUUUGCUGUUUGGUAUAAGCAAAGUCAAGUCAGCUGCAGUGACAGCUUUUCGUUCUAAUUGCCGUCAUGUGGAUCGAUCGUUUGGCUGCUCUACUUCUGAUAAUGAACCCAUGCCAUUAGCCUCUUUAGAAAUAAUCACAGAUGCUAUUUUAGAAAUAAUGGAGGCAUGUAUGAAAAAUAUAAAUAAUUGUGAUUGGUUACAACAGUGGACUUCUCUUGCUAAAAGCUUUGCUUUUCGAUAUAAUCCUGCCCUCCAGCCAAGAGCACUCAUAGUAUUUGGUUGCAUUAGCAAAACAGUGCGUGAUUUAGAUGUUAAGCAGCUCCUCAGAAUUCUUGUGCGGGCAUUAGAAUCAUUCCAAGAUUUGCAGCUAAUAGAAGCUAUUAUUAUGUGUCUUACACGGUUGCAUCCUUUGUUAAGGCCUGAAUCGCCCAUACACAGAGCUCUCUUUUGGGUAUCUAUAUCUGUAUUGCAGUUAGAUGAUAUGGCUUUGUAUGCUGCAGGUUUGGCACUGUUAGAACAAAAUUUACACACCCUUGAUUCUCAGGGAAUUUUUGAGAAUAAUACACUGGAAUAUAUUAUGAUGUCCAGCAGAGAACCUUUAGAGUGGCAUUUUAAGCAGCUGGAUCACUCAGUUGGGCUGAGUUUCAAAUCAAACUUUCAUUUUGCUCUAGUUGGACAUUUGAUCAAAGGUUUCCGACAUCCUACUCCAACUACAGUUUCUAGGACAACUAGAGUUUUAAACACUUUGUUAGGGAUUGUAGCUAAACCCCAUAAAAGGGACAAAUUUGAAGUCACCCCUGAAAGCGUUGCUUAUUUAGCAGCACUUGUCUCUGUAUCUGAAGAAGUGCGUAGCAGGUGCCAUUUGAAACACAGAAUCACUCGAGUUGUGUCUGAGUCCCCAAGUGCAGAAGCAUUUGUCACGGAACUCCAUCCCGCUGUUUCUCCUCAAGUGUCGACGUCUCCAAGUAAUCCCAGUCCUCCAACUCCAUCCCCAUCUUCUAAUUCUGCACAGACUUCCCCUCAUGGUCAGCCUUCUAAUAAUGGUAUUCAGAGCACACUACCUGUAACUCCAGUAAAUAGGAGGCAUAAAUCAUGGGACACACUGGACCAGAAUGCCUUGUUUCAAGCAAAGCAAAACAAACAGCCUCAACCAAAAGAAAAUAAGUUCUGGCGUAGCUUAGAUAUUGAUGCACAAAAUAUGCGUCCUCGGUUUAAAACACAACGUAGUAGUUCUAUGCCGACACCUAAGGCUCAAAAGAGUGAAGAUGGAGGAAGAAUAUCUCCUGGCUUAGAUGACCAAGAUGAUAACUCUACAACUCACAAAGAAAACGCAUCCAGAGUUUCCAAUGAAGACAAUGUUCUGUUAGAUCCAGAAGUUCUUGUUGAUUUCCCAACUCAAGCAUUAGUUCUCACUGUUUUGGCAACAUUAGUCAGGAAUACCACUGAUGAAAAUGAAAUGCAGAUUUUAUAUGAAUACUUAGCUGAAGCUUCUGUUGUGUUUGCUCGUGUUUUCCCAGUGAUGUAUGUAUGAACAUUAUUAAGACUAUAUACAUUUUGUUACACUGUGAAACUUUUAAUUUUGCAUUAUGUAAUUUGCAAUUUGCAUAAAAUA